UCCGGCGAUUUCAGUUGAAUUCGGACUUGAUUGCGGAUAGUUCCCUUCGGAAUAAUCCAUAUCGGAAUGGAACACCAAGUGCUAAUAUUCAUAUUUUUGUUGGCAUAUGCCUUCUCCGUACAAGUUCCCCCCAAACUCAAGCCAGGAUCAAGCAAGGAUCCACUGAAAGACUCUAAAAACAAAACUGAGCUAAUAGGUACAAAUGCAACACUAGUCCCAGUAGUGACUGCCGCGCCGGAAAAGCUAGCUGAGGUUCAUAUCGAUCAGCAUAAAACAAUUCGGAUUAGCAAGGGAGACUUGGACGAUCUCCUGGACGUGUAUAUGGAGAGAAUCGCGGAGAGUGCGGCCACCAUCAAGGACAAGGACAUCGAGAUCAAUAAGCUGCAAACCGUCAACCCCACCAGCGAUGAUCUUCAAGUUAGGCUUGAUAAUCUCACCCAGACCUGUAGUGCCCAGAACGCCUCCCAGACUACAGCCAUCAAGGAGAAGGACGAAAAGAUCAAGGAGCUGGAGACCAAAGUGAAGAUCUAUGAAACCAGGCUGAAGAGGAAACAGCACUUAGUGACGGAGUUGAAGAAACAAAACACUUCCAGCACGGCUCUCAUCAAUCAUUUCCGAAGUAAAGCAGUGUAUUUUGAAAAGAAGUUCCGGGAGAAGAAGGACGACCUAUUGGCGGACUGGGAGGCGGCCACCACAACCUGUAUCCCCUUCGGAAAAUCAUCCGGAAUACAUCUGCUCCACAUCCCGGGCUUCCUGCCUUUUUUGGUGCCCUGUGAAGGCCUCACCACAGCCGGAGCCGGUUGGAUGGCCAUUCAGCGUCGAAUUGAUGGUUCCGUGAACUUUUACCGGAACUGGGACUCUUACAGUAAGGGAUUUGGGAAGCUCAAUGGGGAGUUCUUCAUCGGAUUGGAGAAACUGCAUCAAAUUACCAAAUCCCAGCCACACGAACUGUAUAUCAGCUUCAAGAGAUUCAACGGCGAGUGGAGCUAUGCCCACUACGAUGACUUCCUUAUCGGCAGUGCCGAGGAAGGCUACGAGCUGAAGCUUCUGGGUCACUAUCAGGGCAAUGCCAGUGAUGCACUGCGCACCCACGACAAGAUGAAGUUCUCGACCUUCGACCGGGACAACGAUGAGUUUACUCAUAUGAACUGUGCCGAGUAUCAUCACGGGGCGUGGUGGUAUGAUUUUUGUUCAAGAAGCAAUCUAAAUGGUAAAUACUUCAAAGACGAGGUGGACAAUGUCCAGGGCAUCUACUGGGAGCCCUGGUAUAGUUUCCGAUCCUUGAAGUCCGUACAGAUGCUGAUUCGUCCCAAGAGCCAAAAGGAGCUGAAAGAUUUGCCAAAAACUAAGAAAAACUUACGAAACUUAUAGGUAAAUAAAUAAAUAAAUAAUAAAGGUA